AUGCCGCAGAACUCGAGAGGCGACACCGAGCAGAGCGGUAAGCGCCAAUCGAUCGGCAAGAGGAAGCUUUCUGAUCAAGGAGAGUCGCAGCCGGCACAACAGACCAUCUCCGAGCUCCUCUCCCAACGAUAUUCACCCGACCGGAGUCUUGAUUCGCAAACAAAUAAGCGUUCUCGCCUGUCACCGUCUCCGUCACGGCCUUCCUUCACACAAACGGUCCCACAUAAGAUGUAUCCGAUUUCCGGCUCCCCGCCUAAGAACGGCGCACCUGGUCGGGGACUGUCUGGGCCAAACGGUCCCAUCAGAUCCCAAGGCUUGAACGCCAAUACACGCCAGAACAACUUUUCUCCUCACACCGGCGCGAAAAAGCUCGUCGUUAAGAACCUCCGCACCGGACCACGGUUGAACCAGGAAUCAUAUUUCGAUAAGGUGUGGUCGCAGUUGGAUGCGGCUCUAACCGCUAUUUUUGAUGGCAGGAAACCCGAGAGCUCGCUGGAAGAGCUAUACAAAGGCGGGGAGAAUGUGUGCCGCCAGGAGCGGGCGGCCUUGUUGGCCAAGAAACUUCAGGAUCGAUGCAGAGAGUUUGUCAAUGGGAAAAUGCGCACGAAUCUUGUGACCAGAGCUGGAGGUAGCACUGAUGUUGGUACACUACGGACUGUAAUUGAAGCAUGGUCCGCCUGGCACUCGAGGCUGGUUACUGUUCGUUGGAUCUUCUAUUAUCUCGACCAGUCAUUCCUCUUGCAUUCUAAAGAACAACCGGUGAUCCGUGAAAUGGGAUUGAUUCAAUUCCGGUCAUACAUCUUCUCCGACGCCAGCUUGAAGCCAAAGAUUUUGAAAGGAGCAUACGAUUUGAUCGAGGCCAUGGAGCUUUUCCACAGCCUCGAUGUUUAUGCGAGUGACUUUGAGCCUUUAUUCAUGGCCAAGUCCGAGGAGUUUGUGAAGGAGUGGUCUCAACAACAAGCAGCAGGAACCCUGGCUGCAUACGUCGAGAAUGCUCACCAGUUGAUCGAACGUGAAGUCGAACGGUGCGGGCUGUUCUCUUUCAAUCGAAGCACGAAGCUCAAACUGUCCGAGCUCCUGGAUGAGACUCUAGUUACACAACAAAAGGACGUGUUGACCAGCGAAAGUGAAGUGCUUAGUUUGAUGCGAGCCGGAAAUAAGACCGCCUUGAAACAACUAUACGGGUUGCUUGACCGGCGAGAUCUUAGUCUCGAGUUGAAACCUGCAUUUAGGAAGUAUAUCAUCGAAGAAGGAGAGGGCAUCGUGUUUGAUCAAGAAAGGGAGGCUGACAUGGUCGUUCACCUGCUCCAGUUUAAGGAAAAGGUUGAUGACAUUUGUGCCAAUGCCUUCGACUCGAACGAGGAAUUGGGUCACACGGUCCGCGAAGCCUUUGGUGCCUUCAUGAACCGCGGGAAGAAGAUGGACUCUACAGGUGGCACUGACAACCCCAAGUCGGGUGAAAUGAUCGCCAAAUACGUGGAUAGGCUGCUCAAGGGCGGUUACAAGCUGCCACCCGGUCGUAAUCCAGAGGAAAUCAGUCUGAUGUCCGACGAUGCAGAGCUUGAUCGGCAACUUGACCAAGUUCUCGACCUCUUCCGGUUCGUACAUGGCAAGGCUGUCUUUGAAGCCUUUUACAAGAACGACCUUGCCCGGCGUCUCUUGAUGAAACGAAGCGCGAGCAACGAUGCGGAAAAGAGCAUGUUAGCUCGUUUGAAGAACGAAUGCGGGUCAAACUUCACUCAUAACCUCGAGUCCAUGUUCAACGACAUGGACACUGCUAACGAUGAAAUGACGGCCUUCAGACGGUCGCAACAGGAGGAGCGGAAGGGCCGGUUUGAAUUCGAAGUCAACGUGCUCUCUGCCGCCUCCUGGCCGACAUAUCCCGAUGUCCCCGUACGGAUUCCCGCAAAGAUUGCACGCUCGAUCAACAAAUUCGAGACUUUCUACCACAACAAACAUACAGGCCGCAAGCUCACUUGGAAACAUCAACUGGCGCAUUGUCAGCUGACAGCAAACUUCCCCCUUGGCAAGAAGAACCUAGUAGUCAGCUCCUUCCAAGCGAUCGUAUUGCUGCUGUUUAACGAUAUCCCCGAUGGCGAAAGCAUGCAGUACCCCCAGAUCCAAGAAGCGACCGGAUUGUCGGACCCGGAAUUGAAGCGAACACUCCAGUCUCUGGCGUGCGCCAAGUACCGAGUCUUAUCCAAGACCCCCAAGGGCAAGGAUGUGAACCCCAGCGACCAAUUCUCGUACAACACGAGUUUCAGCGACAAGCAAAUGCGCAUCAAGAUCAACCAGAUCCAGCUGAAGGAGACCAAAGAGGAGACCAAGACGACGCACGAGCGGGUUGCGGCCGAUCGUCAUUUCGAGACGCAAGCUGCUAUCGUGCGCAUUAUGAAGAGUCGCAAAGCUCUUAGUCAUGCCGAGCUAAUCGCAGAGGUUAUCAAUGCUACUAAGAGCCGGGGUGUUCUUCAGCCUGCGGAGAUUAAGGGAGAGAUUGAGAAGUUGAUUGAGAAGGAAUACAUUGAGCGCAAAGAAGGAACUAAUCAAUACACCUACGUGUCAUGA